AUGAACAAUAAAUACUGCACAUUUGUGCUGGUGGUGCUACUAGUAGCUACUAGGCUGUAUAUACAGCCAUUUUAUUCUCUGAUUUCCGAUUGUGACGAAACUUUCAACUAUUGGGAGCCAUUGAACUUACUUUUACGUGGGUUUGGUAAACAGACGUGGGAAUAUUCACCUGAAUAUUCUAUCAGAUCAUGGAGUUUCCUGUUACCUUUUUAUUCAUUGCUAUAUCCUUUGAAUGCCGUGGCGGAGAUACAGGCAAAUUGGAACUUCUACGCUGUGAGAAUACUGCUCGGCCUGUUUAGUUUAAUACAGGAAUGGAAAUUGUUCAAGGAAAUUACUGGUACUACUACUUUAGAGAUUGCUAACUUUUGGUUAUUUUAUCAGCUUUUUAACCCAGGCUGGUUCCAUGCAUCCGUUGAAUUGCUACCAUCUGCAAUUGCAAUGAUAUUGCAACUGGGCUCCAUAAAUUAUGCAUUGAAGUAUCUGUCUACCAGUGCAUCCAGCAAUUUCAUUGGAAGUUUGACAUUCAAUAUGAUAGCCGGAAUUUUGGGAUGGCCUUUUGUGUUAGUUCUGAACUUACCGCUCUGUAUCCAUUAUGUGUGGACUCACAGAAUCAUUUCUUCUGUUAGAACUGCAUUUGAUUGUUCAUUGAUAUUUUUAUUGAUAUCUGUAAUUGUUAUUGGCAUUGACUCUUUAUUCUAUGGGAAAUUUGCGCCAGUAGCAUGGAACAUUUUCUUUUAUAAUGUCUUGAAUGCGGAUGAAGAGGCAGGUCCAAAUAUUUUUGGCACUGAACCAUUCUCAUAUUAUAUUCAAAACCUAUUACUAAACUUCCCCAUCACUACGCUAGGCUUUGCUGUCUUAGGUGUUUCUCAUUGGAGAUUAUGGCCACUUUGGACUAGUGCAAUUGUGUGGUUUACCGUAUUUGCACUACAGCCACAUAAAGAGGAGAGAUUUUUAUACCCACUCUACGGUUAUAUUAGUUUGAGUGCCAGCAUUUUGACGUAUAAAGCACUGAAAGUCUAUAAAAAGUACUUCUCGUUUGCAUUCGUUGUUAAGCUUAUUAUAGUGGGAACAGUAAUUCUACAGUCUCUAUUGCGAAUCUUUGCAUUGAUUGAAAACUACAGGGCUCCAAUGACUGUUUAUAGUGAACUGUUUUCUAGAGAGAGUACUUCUAAUUCUACAGUAAAUGUCUGCACCGGUAGAGAGUGGUAUCAUUUCCCAAAUUCAUUUUACCUACCUAAUGCUCAUAGAUUAAGGUUUGUUAAGUCAGGUUUUGAUGGUCUAUUGCCAGGUGACUUCAUUGAAGACGAGUCAAUCUUUACAGCGGUUAGAGCUGUACCAAAAGGUAUGAACAAUAGGAACAUGUUUGAUGAAUCUAAGAUAUGGCCUCUUGAAGAGUGUGAUUAUUUUGUUGAUAUUACUUUACCUACUGAUGGCGAAAAGGAUAGCUUUACAGGGUCUAAUUCAGCAAACCGCUGGAAUGCAGUAGUAUGUCAAAAAUUCAUUGAUGGUUCAGAUUCUAAAUUCUUAGGUAGAGCAUUUGCGGUUCCUGAAAUUAUCGACUGUAUGAUGAAGGAAUAUAUUCCUGAGCUCUGGACUAAGUUGUAUCAUGCUAAGUAUAUUGAUUAUUGCCUCUACGAAAAGCUGCCUUCUUCUGAAUAUCAAGUUAAUGCUGAUUAA